UACUUUCUACUUGAGAUGCUGUGGUCACUGCUUAUGGCAACAUCUCCAAUAAAUAGAUGCUCUGAAACUCCUUGCAGACUGAGGAGAGCCAGAGGCAUAGACUGCAAGAAUGGCACAUGAAGCAACUCCUAUGGGAAGUGCUUGGGACAUUGAUGAAGAAUACCACAUAGAUGAAAAUGUGGGCUUUGCUCUACAGAAUCCACUGACUGCAAGAAUGGCACAUGAAGUAACUCCUAUGGGAAGUGCUUGGGACAUUGAUGAAGAAUACCACAUAGAUGAAAAUGUGGGCUUUGCUCUACAGAAUCCACUGGAGGAACUACCUCACCCUUAUGAUGUUUGGAUUUCCAUUGUUAAAGAACUUCCUCUCCUGAUUGAGAUGGAUGAACUACGUGCAGAAGCUGAAAAGUUACCAUUGCUCAGCAUUGAUGACCUCCAAGGACACAAGAUGCAGCGCCUUGCACACCUGGUCCUAGGGUAUAUCACCAUGGCAUAUGUGUGGAACCAAGGUGAUGAUGCUUGUAAGGUCCUGCCAAGCAAUAUUGCUAUCCCUUACUGCAAACUCUCUGAGAAGCUGGGACUGCCUCCCAUCCUGGUAUAUGCAGACUGUGUCUUGGCAAACUGGAAGAAAAAGGAUCCCAAUGGGCCCAUGACUUAUGAGAACAUGGACAUUCUGUUCUCAUUUCCUGGUGCGGAUUGCAGUAAAGGAUUCUUUCUGAUUUCUCUAUUGGUUGAAAUAGAAGCUGCUGCUGCAAUACAAAAAAUUCCCACUAUAUUCAAUGCAAUACAGCAUAUGGACAAAGAAACUUUGCAAAAUGCACUGGAUUUUGUAACUUCUUGUCUGGACAGAGCCCUUAAAGUAUUUCAGCAAAUUCGUGACCAUGUGGACCCACAUCUUUUUUUCAAUGUUCUUCGCAUAUACUUGUCUGGCUGGAAAGGAAACCCCAAGCUUCCAGAGGGUCUGCUGUAUGAAGGCGUCUGGGACACCCCAAAAAUGUUCGCUGGGGGUAGUGCAGCUCAAAGCAGCACAUUUCAGUGCUUUGAUGUUCUGCUGGGCAUCCAGCAUAGUGCUGGUGAAGCACAUGCUGCUGACUUUCUCCAGGAAAUGCGAACAUAUAUGCCACCAGCUCAUCAGAAAUUUCUUCAUUCUUUGGAGUCAGCACCUUCAGUUCGCGAGUUUGUCCUUUCACAAAAGGAUGAUAACCUAUGGGAAACUUACAAGAAAUGUGUGAAUGCCAUGGUCUCCCUAAGAAGUUACCAUUUGCAAAUAGUGACUAUAUAUAUUGUAAUUCCUGCAAGACAACAGACCAAAAAUACCCAGCCAUCUGAAGAGCCACCAGAAGAGGAAAAUAAAGGAACUGGAGGCACUGAUGUCAUGAAAUUUCUAAAGACUGUAAGAGGUACAACUGAGAAGGCCCUGAUGAUGUAACCCAAGCAAAGGUAUAUUUCUUCAGGACAAAGAUGUCUGCAUUUGUUAAUGCUACUCAUUCUAUCAGAUCCACAAAUUAGUAUGUAAAAAUUUCUUAAUUAUUUUAAAAAUAUUUCUUCUGAUGUCUGUGAAUUUCUUGCAUAAAAACAAUAACAAGCAAUUAUGAUAGAAGUGUUAUGAUCUAUAUAAUUAGAAUGUAAUGAUAAAAAUUGAUGUGAUAUAAUAAAAGAACUAAAAGUUGACUGAUUCAUAACUAUAAUUAAAUAUUGCUCCAAAUGAAACCUAUUCUACACUGCCACCCUUCGAGCAUGGCUAAUAGAUUCCUGGACUUUUUCUUUAGUAAUAUCACACUUUUUCAUAAUUACCUGUUUACUUGUCUUUAUUUUCAUUACAAUGUAAGCUUCAUGAUACCAGGGACUCUCUGGUUUACCAGAUCCAUGCAUCUCUAGUUCUUAAUAAAGAUGUAAUAAAUGUUUUGGAUGAAUAUUUCAUUGAUGUUAUGAAUAGAUCAAUACGUGUUAACAAGAAGUCACAUUUGAAAUACACUUUUCCUAAGAGUUCAGAGCUGUCAGGCACUCACACUCUGGAGUGAGCUAUUUAACAAUGGAAUCUAAGAAAGUUAGGGCUGGAGAGGAACUCAAAAAUCACAUGAGUAAACACAUUUUGAAGAUGAGGGAGCUGAGGCUCAGAAGAGUGAAGUAACUUAGGAUUGUACAAGGAGUUAUGUGAGAGGAGAACUUAACUUUUUUGACAACUCUCAUCUUUUCACUUGACUUGAAGUAAACUAGAUUAGAGAAGAAGAGAAUUUUGGAAGCUGGGAGGUGUAGGAAAUGAGAUGACUUAGUAGGAUUUCAUGAGAUAGUAGAUGGUUAGCCAGAAAUUGGGUAUUCUAUUAAAUAUGAAAAGAGGAAGAAGGUACAACAGUUGUCAGCAAGCACUUUCAAUUUACGGAAUGCCCAGUUCUGAGGAGGUAGGUUGAGUAAAACCAAGUAAAAUUGAGGAAGGAAAUGUGGUAACAAAUGUGGUCUAACAUCUGAAAAUAAUUGUAAUAUUGUUUCUCAAACACACCCU